UGACAAGGUGUUGGCCAAAUUAGUUUUGAUGGUGUGAUGAUGAGUGGCUCUUUUUGUUUCUUAGAAGCAACUCAUGGACUCUUUAAUCCACAUAAGCUCAAGACGCUGUUCUAAAUCCAUCCAAUCUGUUGGGUGUCUAAACUUAACAGCCCUACUCAACAAAUCUGGGUCAAUAGACAGUAUGGUAAAGCUACACAGUUGCUGUCUGUGCAGAGCAACAUUACCAUUGUUGGAACUUUAAAGAAUUGUAAUGUUAAAGAUUUAGUCUAAUUUUUUUUUCAGCUUCCGAUUCAGAUAAAAUCCUUAUUAUGGAGGGGUGGGAAGGAAUAAAAACACAACUGGGUGAAAGCUUGAAGACGUGAGAAGAUCUGAGGACUUCAUUGAGAAAAUGGAACUCCAAAACCUAUUGACGGUCGAUUGGAGCCAGUAUUUUUGCAAUCGGCCGCAAGGGGAGUUUGAUACAAGUUCAAACCAUCAUCUUCUCUGCAGUGAGUUGAGAAGCAGCACUGUCAGGCUGGAGGGCAGUUCAGAUCCAUACUGCAGCAUCUGGACCGACGCCAUGCAAGCAAGAGUCAAGAAUUGCAACAAUCGGUCAUUUGCCAUGGAUGCUAGAAUAAGACUAGAUAAUUUGAAGUCGGGGUGUAAUUCAGCCUUGCCUUGCAGUCCCACGGAUAGGAUGUUGUUCAACUAUAACUUUCAAACAGACAUUUGUGACAGUGAAGAGUCACAAGAAGAAGAGUCUGCUUUGGACUCGGUGGAGCUCCUUGAUGUAGAGGACAAUGUGCAGGAUGAAGAGAGCUGGUUAUAUGAGUCAAAGAAGCAGGCGUCUGUGGAGAGAAGUGAGUCUGCUCUGAGAUGGUGUCGACACGUCCUGGAUAACCCCAGUCCUGAAAUGGAGGCCGCAUGUCGUUCAUUGAUAAACCGGCUGGAUCAAAGAUCAAGCAUGUGUCAUUUCUACAGACGUCCUGCAGUUGGCUCCUCUACGGACAAAACAUCUGUCAGCACAACACAUCAACAUAUCUCUAACAGUUCAGAUAAUGAGCUGAGCUUCCACUAUGACUCCAUGACCACGGACUAUAGACUGCAGGACAUCACAGAUGUCCACAUUAUGGCUCGAAUGCAGGAGGCCAGUUUAAGACAGGACUACGUUUCCAUGCCUGCCAGGAGAAGCCCUGAGUCACCGCCUGGUCCAUCGUCACUGAGCUCUUCCCUUCGCCAGUCUUCAUCAUCAGUAGCUCAGCAGGGCUGCCACAGUCCAAAACUGGCCAGACUUCACGAGCAGGUCACCCAGUUCAAACUGCUGAAACUUGCUCAGAAUCAAGCAGCAACAUCACCAGGCAGGACCAGGUCACCUCUGCGUACCAGCCUCCGCUCUCUCCAGGCUGUUAGGAACAGCCGAUGUUUAGACAACACCAACUGGCAAUCUGCUGACCAAAUCACUUACCCGCCAUCAGCACCGUCCAACAGCUCGUUGCACUCAGUGAGAGACUCCUCAGACCGGACGACAGCUGUGAAGAGACUGCUGAGGUCUCAGUCUCUCAGCCCCUGUAGGAUCCCUCACCCUGCUAAGGGAUACCUGUCUGCUAACGGACGUGUUUUUGCCUCACCCGAGAGGUCGACCAUAGAGGCUUGGGGCAGAGGUGUGCCAUUCCCUCAAAGGUGAAAGGUGUCACCAGUGAAUCCCUGAUAGUAAUGAGGUAGAAUUAAAACAUUGAGAAUUUGAUAUCAUAUCUUGUAUUAGUUUUGAGUUUAACUCUAAUAUAAUUAAUCCUUCAUAGCAAGGCAUCCUAAUCUAGGUGAAGACAGUGUCUGUGUGAAGUUCCCAUCAAAUGGGCUGGGAUCUUAGUCGUCUUUGUCUAAAAACAGAUUGUAGAAAAUGACGCCAGAAUGUGUAGCUGACAAUGGUGUGAGCCAAACCUGACAGACGCAUCCUGGAGGGCCGGGACAUCCUGUGUGGUUAAGUCAGACAGUGUUGUUUGAACAAAAACCUAGUAAAGAGUUCUAUUGUAAUAUAUGUGUAUACAUAUACAUAUAUAUAUAUUAGUUUAAUAUAAUCCACCCAGCUGAGAUACUCUGGAGAUAAUUAAAGGGAAAAUAAUGCUCUGUGUGGUAUAGUACAGACCGAUUGCAGCAAUCAGUCUGUACUAUACCACCAAUGGUUUUGCAAGCAUGCUGUAUUACAACUUAUUAACAUUUAACAUAUUGUGAUAGAAUAUGUGAAGAAUUCAAGGUGUAUGAAAGUGAUUAGUGUAGAUUUUAAUGCUGUUUUAAAAGUGGAAGUGCAGUCAAACUUCACUUAAGUGUGGCUGAUUGCAGACUAGGCUGGAUUGUGCAGUUAUCGCAACAGGAAGUGUGCAGUUUGCCAUCAUGUAAGAAAAAUGAAACAGGUGAUCUGUGCACAAUAGAAAGCAUGAUCGUUACCGAGAAAUAGUUAGACGUGGGUUAUUGGUGGUUUCUUCCUUAAAACGUAAGCAGUGUCAUACACUAGCAAUGUUUUUGUUUUAAGUUGACGACAUGUAGUCUAACCCAACUAAAGCACUGCAGUUUCAACUGUUUCCUAACUUUUUUUUAAAUUAAAGCUACCUGAAUUAUACCCCCUAAAGAGCAGUUUUGGCACCUCCUGUAGUGAUUAUUGGAGCUUUUAGAUGGUUCUAUAUAGCGCUGAUCUAGUAGAUGUUCUAACUUCUCUCAGGGAAAGUACAUUUUUAUAAGUGUUCCAGCAUGUCCCCUGACAUCAAAUGCUUUCAACCUUUCGAUUCAAAGAAAAGAAAAGUCCGUUUUUGUUCUGCUCUUUUGAUCUUGCUUGCUUUUUGUGUCUGAAUGAGAGCCAUUAACAUGAGGCACAAAUGAAAUGAUUGAGGAAUGAAGUCCUUGUACAGAUGUUUAUUAUGGUGAAUUAGUAGAGAAGUGGGUUAUAGUGUUUUAGAUGAUUCAUGGGACAAAAUCCUUUUUGAACAAAAAUACUAAAUUGUAAGUGUCAGUCCAGAAUACUUUUGGAACGGAGACAUUUAAGUCUGUAUGCUGGCAUUGCACCCUCUGCUGUUCAUGUUUAGAUAAUAAAUGUAUCCAAUGGCUGCAGCUGAGGCGGUCUAAAUGAACAAGAAAUUCUCCACAAGACAUAUCAUUACUUAAAACGGAGGAAAAUCCUAUAGAGAUUGAAUAUCUACCAAACUGUCAUUCUUUAUGUUGAUUAAUAAUACUACUGAUUAUAUCUUCCACUUAGAAAAAAGCGGUUUAUUAGUUUAUAAGAAAGUGAUGAAAUAAUCAGCACAAGAAAAGCACAGGUGUGGGAAAAUGCAUCAACAACAAUUUUGAUAACCAAUCAAUUAUUCAAGCUUUCCUUUGUUUAAAUAUGUUUUUGGACAGAUUUAUUGAAAGAAAUAAUUGAUGGAUCUGUAACACUUGAAAAUAAUUGACAUAACAUUUAGAGAACAGAUGAGGAACUGGCAGUAAACCAUUAGUCAAUAAGUAACUCAUCAAAUGUUAUAGAGUAGUAGCUGAUGAUUUAUUUGAGAAAUGAGGAACAUGUCUGAUUUAACUUAAUAAUUGGUGAAUUGUAAUAAGUACUUUCCAAAUUAGUCCUAAUGGAAGACUUUAUAGUAGAUAAUGACUUACUAGGGAACAGACUGGGAGAUGCUAUAUUAAUAAAUCAUUACCUAAUGGUUUACUAGCAUAUUGUUCCUUAUUUGUGCUGUGGUAGUAAAAUUCUGUGUACCUUGUUGUAAAGUGUUUCCGAUUAAUAAUCAAAAUAAUAAUUGUUUCAAGCUCAGGUCAGCAUCCAGGGCUCUGGAGCAGGCUCACCUAAAUGAAAUACAGCCUUUAAUUUCCUGUUUACUUAAAACUGUACUUCUCCUGUGAGGACGUGUCAGAAUGUGUCUGCCAUCAUUUUCAACCAGUGACCAGUCAAUAAAAUACUAAUACCCAACCC